AUUCGCAGGCGCCGGCGCUUCCCACUUAGCCCAUCAUAUAAAUUUGGAACUGACAGACACUAUCACUGCACAGCAUCAUCACCUUAGAAUCUGUUGUCUGAUGCAAUCUCAGGUGCCCGCGUUUCACAAACUAACUUCCAUUAGCUCUGUCACUUUCGAGUUUCCGCAAUGAAAUUCCUUAAAAUCUUCAAUUCCAAACCCUUCAAACUCCGAACUUUCAAUUCCCUCUCCCAUUCCCAAACACCUCCCUUCUCCAUUCCCACCACACUCACCGAAUCCACACUCCUCCAUUCCAUCGAAUCUUCUCAGUGGCAUUUCAUCGAACAGGUUGCCCCACACCUCACUCCCUCCCUUCUCUCUUCCACUCUAACCACCCUUCGCCACAACCCCCAACUUGUCCUUCACCUCCUCUCCCAUCUUCAAAACCACCCUCACUCCCUCGACCUCGCCACCUCUUCCCUCGCCAUCUGCGUCCUCUAUCGCCUCCCUUCUCCCAAACCCUCCAUCAACCUCUUACAACGUCUCAUUCUCUCUCCCACUUGCACCAACAGAACCAUUUUCGAUGAGUUGGCCCUUGCCCGUGACCGCGUCGAUGCCAAGACUACUCUCAUCUUUGACCUUCUGGUCAGGGCCUACUGUGAACUCAAGAAGCCCAAUGAGGCCUUGGAGUGUUUCUACUUGAUUAAGGAAAAGGGUUUUGUGCCUAACAUUGAGACUUGCAAUCAGAUGUUGAGUCUGUUCUUGAAAUUGAACAGGACUCAGAUGGCUUGGGUUCUGUAUGCUGAGAUGUUCAGGAUGAACAUCAGAUCGAGUCUGUACACUUUUAACAUAAUGAUUAAUGUGUUGUGUAAAGAAGGGAAGUUGAAGAAGGCAAAGGAGUUUAUAGGGCACAUGGAGACACUUGGAGUGAAGCCUAAUGUUGUCACCUAUAACACCAUUAUACAUGGACACUGCUUGAGAGGGAAGUUCCAAAGGGCUCGUGUGAUCUUUCAAACAAUGAAAGAUAAAGGUCUUGAGCCUGAUUGCUACACAUAUAAUUCUUUUAUUUCUGGGUUGUGUAAAGAAGGAAGGGUUGAGGAGGCGUCUGGUUUAAUUUGUAAAAUGUUAGAAGGUGGCUUGGUUCCGAAUGCAGUGACGUAUAAUGCACUGAUUGAUGGGUACUGCAACAAAGGGGAUCUGGAUAAGGCUUAUGCCUACAGAGAUGAGAUGAUAAGUAAAGGCAUAAUGGCAUCUCUGGUCACCUACAAUUUGUUUAUUCAUGCACUGUUUAUGGAAGGAAGGAUGGGGGAUGCUGAUAAUAUGAUAAAAGAAAUGCGAGAAAAAGGGAUGAUGCCUGAUGCUGUUACUCAUAACAUAUUGAUUAAUGGGUAUUGCAGAUGUGGGGAUGCAAAGAGAGCCUUUGGGCUUCUUGAUGAAAUGGUGGGAAAAGGGAUUCAGCCAACACUGGUCACAUAUACAUCACUUAUAUAUGUUCUGGGUAAAAGGAAUAGAAUGAAAGAGGCAGAUGCAUUGUUUAGUAAGAUUCAACAAGAAGGUCUGUUGCCAGAUAUUAUAGUGUUUAAUGCUUUGAUUGAUGGUCAUUGUGCUAAUGGUAAUAUCGAUCGUGCAUUUCAACUCUUAAAAGAGAUGGACAACAUGAAGGUUCUUCCUGAUGAAAUCACUUAUAACACCUUGAUGCAAGGAUACUGCAGGGAUGGGAAAGUGGAAGAAGCUCGCCAACUUCUUGAUGAGAUGAAGAGAAGGGGGAUCAAACCUGAUCAUAUUAGUUACAAUACACUCAUUAGUGGUUACAGUAAAAGAGGCGAUAUGAAGGAUGCUUUUAGAGUUCGUGAUGAAAUGAUGACUACAGGAUUUGAUCCUACGAUUCUCACUUACAAUGCUCUUAUACAAGGCUUGUGCAAAAACCAGGAAGGUGAGCAUGCUGAAGAGCUCCUCAAAGAAAUGGUAAGUAAAGGCAUCACUCCCGAUGACAGCACCUACUUAUCUAUAAUUGAGGCGAUGGAGACAGUUGAUGACUUGGAGGGAAAUGAUGAUAAAUGAAUUGAAAUUGAAUGGAGAAAGGGCUGUAAUUGAAGAAAAUAGUUUAUUCAGGGGCUUGUGUGGAAACUUCUAUCUUUGGAGUUUAUGCACAAACAUGCCUGCAUUCCUUAUUCUACAAGCUGCAUCACUGAGCCAACAUGUGCCUGUGUAUGAAGAACAAGUUAUUGGAGUUCCUGAAAAACUGUAAUUUGCCUUACUUAUUUCUUUUGUAGUAAGAUUAUUAUUAUUAUUAUUAUUUCCUCAAUAGUUAGUUUUGUACCAUAUGCUUCACAAAAUAUUUGUUGAUGUUUCUGUUUGAGAAAAGAAAAUGAUAACUAAUGAUUGAAUUUGUC